AUGGCGGACGCGGCCAGUCGUCAGGCUCUCGCAUCGACCUUUGCCUUUGGCAUGGUCGUGAGCGCCGCCGUCGGGGCUGCUUCUCUUCACUGCGCGUCCGGAUCCUCCUCGCUCUUUCGGAACGGAACGAGGCUGGUCCUCAUCAUCUUUCUCAUAUGCUCGUCUCUUUGGGCGUCGACGGCCUUCGUCGCCACCCUCAUCCAUCCUACAGCCGCGGCGGGGUGCCAAGCUGCUGUGGCCGUCGCCUCUGCCUUCGACCAGCUUGCUCGAAUAAUGCUUCAGGAGUUCUUGUUCUGGAGCAUGGAUAAUGACGUCCGAGCCUCGUUAGGCAUCCUCUUUCCUCAAGCAGUCAUUGUGUUGCGUUUCAUUCUCGGCGGCAUUUUCGUUGGUGUCCAGAGGCCUCAGUUCCAGCCCGUCUGCGCCGGUACGACCCUUGUCAUUGCCUUGGGCGUGGCGGUCCUUGCCGCCGAUGCCUUCAUUGUUCUCAUGCUCUGCAUCCGGGCAUCUUCCGCCGGGAUAUUCAGGGAUGUGUCAGAGAAGACGGCGGACCGCGAGCGGAGCAAGGCUCUCGUUGUUGUCACGCUGUCCCUUGCGGUGUGGAUUGCUGCCGGCGUUCCUCUGACGCUAGGCAUCCCGUCACUCGAUCUUGCCGUUCGGGUCGUGCUUGCUGCGGCUGGCGUCUUGUUUGUGAUUGCAUUUGUGGCCUUCUUUGGCCCCAGCUUGACUGCGAAGAGCGUGGCAAACACAUCCCGCCGCCCUCCAAUCAGUCGGCCCGAGUAUAUCCCUUCGAGGGCUAUGCCGAACGUCGGCACUCGCACCCAGGAUAUAUCUACCCAAGACGAGGCGGACCGCGCAUUCGCAGGCCGACCACGGGCUCCCAUAACGACUCAGCCUGCUCGAACAACGCGGUCUUCCCGUCAAGUAAAGGACAUGUCCGGGCUCCCCACCAUAAGCCGUCCAAAUCCCGGACAGGCCAAGGCUGGCGUUGGGGGCUUGCCGGUCACGGGGGAGCUGUUCCCUCCCAUGAAGGCUCCAGAAGCGCCAGUCACUUUGUCGGCAUCCCAGCCCCGACCACUUAAGAAGACGGGUGUCAAAGGGGGAAAACCCGUCAUAUCUCGGCCAGUUCUAACAGCUCAAAGCGAAGAGGGCCCAUUGAAGAAGAUGACGAUGGUGGACUUGGCCACAGCAGCAAGGAAUGAAAGGGAGCGUCGCGGCCAGCUCGACGCGAGUCAACCAGUAACCCCGGCCAAGGCUUUGUCGCAAGAUGAGCUUCGAACCCAAGCUCAAACGUUCAAGAGAAAGGAGAUUAGUCCAGCGAAUGCGUUGUCCGCGAACCCGCCCACCCCAGCUGCGAUGACCACAUCGUCUGCUCAAUUGUUAUCUCCGAUGACAGACGAACUGAGGCGCCGUUCUCCACGACAGUCACGGCAGACGCUCUUGGCAGUCAAGGCGCCCGCCGGGGUUUCAUCUGCCUCUGCGCGCCAGGAUGGCGCGGACGCAAGCAUCUCAACGGCCACGUCACCACCAGCGCUCCCCCCGAGGUCACCUCUCCGACUAAAGACAGCACAGGGCGUUCCUGGGCCCUCAGGGCCUAUGGAGGAGGCGGCUUUACCAACAGACGACGUCACGAAGUCUAUUAGUGACCAAUCUCCAGCAAUAAUGCGACCAAUGCAGGACACCGUAGCAAUCGAUGAUAAAAGAUCUAAGAAGCCCUCUAGUUCGUCGCCAAGAGAUUCGGUCGAGCUUCUGGUACCUCAGGUUCCGCCGCUCUCGCCGCGAGUCAGCCAGACAGCCACCCUCGAGACCUCCGACAGCCAACGCCGCGUGCAUCGUCCCCUGGCCGAACUGUCCAGAAAUGGUUCUGUCAGGCCAAACAUUCGCCCUUCUAGGCAGCGGCCACUGUCGCCGCCGAACGCCAAGGGCGAGCCUGCCCUACCACCAAAGGCUCCCGUCCAGCUAAGGACGACGAAUGGCAUACCGAGCAAUCCUCGAGCCGGAGCGAACAAGACCCCAAUUAGGGAAAUCGAUACGGCGAAGGAUCAAACAGUCAUGGUCGCCAAUGGCGCUCAAGAUGAUGUUGGUGGCCCAACGCGGGGAGCGAUGGACCGAGCUUUGAGCGAUAUCCUGAAACGGCGCCCAGUCGCGGACGACACGAGCCCGACUUCGAACGCGGCCUCAAUUGUCCACCGGCCGCGCCCCAUCCCGCGCUCACGAUACUCGCCAUCCUCGAGAGGCUCUGCGAGGUUGAAUCACAGUCCCAUGCCACUGUUGUCCUACAGCUCGCCCGAGACUGCUACUUAUCCUCUCAGUGCCGGGCUGUUGGGUUCUGAGAAAGACCAGGACAUCGCGAGUCAGCCAUCAUCGGAGCAGCCCUCUUCCGACGACACACGCGCUCAAAGGCGGCGGUCUUCAUCUUUCCCAGGGGUUGGAGGCAGCAAGUUCAAGUUAUUCCCGGCGAGUGCGACGGGCUCAAUACCUCCAACGCCUACGAACAGCACUGUCAAGAGACCAGUCGUGCCUCCCAUUCCGUCCUCUUACAGCAACGACUACAAGGCAUCGGAAGUGCGGUCACGACGAUCCACGUUCAAGGCAGUGUCCAAAUUCAGCAUUGACACCGUCGUAAGUCCGCAAGAGGAGCAGCAGUCUGCACCUUACGGCCCUCUCGCCGGGUAUCGUUCAUCCGGCGAGGGCACGAAUAGACGGUCUUCCAUGGUGCUUCCCAGUGAAACGCAAGAAUUCCCAACAUCUCCCAAUUCGGCUCAUUCUGGCCUCGAGGGCUCAACUGCCAAUAGAACGAUAGCGCCUACCGUAAGUGCAAGACACUUGGAGUCGGAAGCAGCUGUGACGCUGUCCAAUCCGCCAGCAUGGCCGGGCGAUGGCCCCCAAAGAACUAUGGACGGCCUGCUCCCGGCGGAUGAUGAUGACGAUGAUGGCCACGAGACUGUUACAUUUAUGCUUGAUCGAUCAGCCAUGCCACAGAACGAGCGCAACCAAGGUGUAGGCCAGGGCGACCGGAACACAGCAUCUUGGCAUCGUCGCGUGGGCGACCACUGUCCGACCUUUUCGAACAGGAAGAGCACGAGUCAGACGCGAAUCGUGACACCGCCGCCGCCGCUGCUGCUCGGUCAACCCAUGCGGCCCCGCCGACAUCCAGCGCCAGACCCGGUCCAGCUUGAGAGUCCUCAAGAGGCCCUCGACCAAAUUCAGCAGCAGCUCCGGAUGCUGGAAGAAAUUGACGGGCAGUCGGAUACGUACGAUCAGCAACGCCUAAGUCUCCUAGCGAACCUCGAACAGGAGAUGGGGAUGCAAGAGAGCCGGUGGCAGCAGAUGCACAAUGACUUGACUCGAAUCUCUCUCUCGACAGCAAUUUCGUCUCCGAGUACCCCCGGUACCAAUUCGCGCAGCCUUUCUCUCGAUGUGUCGCCCAUUGUCAGGGUUGUAGAGUCGGACAGUCCGGCCCUCAGAACGUUGGGGCCGGGGGAAGCUGUUGAAGAUGGCCAUCUCUUCAGUCCCGAGUUUGCUGCCACAGCUAUUGCCAACCAGGUGCACAUUACUCGGCCUGGAUUCCCACCCCAGGCCGUGCCCCUGGCUCAGCCAAGGCCGGGCUUGCCGGAUGUCGAUGCCAAGUCUCCUUCCGUCAAGGACGGAACUGAUUCAAGGCCCGUCAGCGCACACAGCCAACACUCCAACGUAUUGAAUGAUGAGAACAACGAGGACGGUAUGGUCAAGAACGCUGUUUUAGAGCAAUACCCAGGGUUUGUCAUGUGCGACUCCGUCUCGGCGUCAGAUAGCACAGAAGUCAAGACACCCAAGCAGCCGUUGGGUCCAGGGUCGCCAGCACCUCUUGUCAGAACCCAGACGGAGCCCGAGCGCCCAGUCACCAGGCGAUCUUUUUCUGAGAGCCAGAGUCUCGAGGGGUCUCGCGGCGAGAACAUCAGUUCCGGAUCGGUUGACGGGUCCGCUCUCUCGCCAGGGUUUGUCCUAUCACCCCCAGGGUCAUUGCGCCGGCCUCAGCAGAAGGCUACCCGGCCGCGCACGAUGCGGCCACCGCGUCGGCCCAAGAGAAUAUCAACUCUUCCCGACAUUGUAGAAAAUCCGCAACCCUUGAGAGGGAAACGCGACACGUUGGGUCUCUUCCAAUUUCCAUGGGGGGAGAGAUCAGACGUAGCCACCAUUCCACUCACCUUCUCGAUGCGUCCGGGAACCGCGCCGGCGGCAGCCAUGCCUCGCACGGGUCCGCUGUACCCGACACUUGAAUCUCAAAUCCGCACGCUUGAGUCGCAAAGGUAUCCCGCUUCAUUUUUCGAGGAUUACGAUGAAAAAGAUGAGGGUGAUGGGGAUAGCGUGGAUAGCAGCGACGAUGAUUUUGACGAGGCGACUUUGUGGGAGAUUGCAAGCCUGCUCAAGUCCGACAACAUACCGUCAAGGGAGAGUCUUUUUCCUGGUCAGGAAGAGGAACGACUUGCGUCAGCAUCCAUAGUAGAGGACUAUCUCGAUGGCGAUGCCUUUCUAGACGAAGCGGCAUCGGAUGUUGAACCAACGACCGCGCCUCUCGUCAGAGAGACUACGUCUCCAACCCUUCCAGGAUCAUCCAAGCUUUGGGUCGACAGGCGCGACUCCGACCCUGAAGCUAAAACGCACCGUGGUCUGCCACAGCCAAACCUCACGGCUUGGGAAGGUUACAUGGCGGCCGCGGGAGACGGACGCGUCGCAUCUCGAAAGACCGGGCUCCCCAGCAUUGAUAAUGAGGUUGGCUCGACGACUCAGUCUAAUGCAGCGAACGCAGCUUCAUCUUCCUCAUCGGGACUUUGGACUCUACAAAUCACCACUCCACCGCCUACCGCUGUGUUGGAGGCCAUCAUUCCGUCCCAGGAGCAGAUAAGUUCGCACAGCCGAGACGACGGUUCGUCUAGUGUCUCGUUCGCGUCCAAGUCGUUAUGGUCACCGCCAAAACCUGCUAUAAAUGAAUCAGGGGUCCGCCACACGAUGCCUUCUUCACCAACCGUAUCUAAGUCGAUAGGCAUAACAGUCGAUGCCAUUCACCACUCAUCAGAGGCGGUCGCACAGCAAGAACAAGACACAAUCGUCUCUGGCAGCAUCCAAACACGACACGAAGACGCUCAUUUCGAAAGGCUCUGGUCUGCACCAGAACCCAUCAGUCCUGUUGAACGGGGUCUCCCGCAUCCAGAAAGCGAGACGUGGGAGAGAUAUAUUCUACCCGAGAACAGUGGGCGCAGAACAAGAAGCCCGGAGCCGCUUCAGAGUCUCGAGAGCAGGGCACUGUGGGCCUCGAGUGAUAGGAACGACAGUGAAACGCUGGGUCAACCGCAACACCACUCGGCUCACGAGGAACUGCCCGCGAUGGACGUCACAGAUAGCGUUCCACCACCCAUGGACUCGUCCAAGAGCGACUCGACUGAGAGCCAGAGCAGCCCUUCUACAGACGGCGACAAGGCUCUGCGCAGCUUGUCCGAGACGAACACUGGGCUGUGGCUUCCUGCUCCGACAAAGGUCACCGAAGAGCCUCGAGGCAUGUUCCAGAUCGGCACCCCGAUCGUGUUCAACAGAGACGCUGCGCCCGCCGCUCAGGCAACGAGACCUAACCGGCGAACCGAGCAACAGCCACUACCGCCAAUCCAGUCCAGCGGCCUUUGGGCUAGCCCGUUGAGGCACUCGUUCUCGCACGACUGGGUCUCGCUGUCAUCCGUCAGGCCCAACACUCCCGGGGGAACGUCAUCCUACUCAGGCAGCGAGACACCUCGCAGCGACGGCUCCUCAGCGCACUCGAGCGUCACGGGCAUGUCUACCAUCAACAGCGUCUUCGCGGUCUGCCCCGAAACCGGCUUGGGGGAUGCCGCAACGAGCGCGACCAGCAAGCCCGCGCAGGGCAAAAGGAAACCACCGCAGCGGCCACGGACAAGCCCGACGGCGGCGGGGUCGCAGAGGUUCCCCUUGUCGGAGAAUUCGUCUCGGGCACGCAAUGGCAAGCCACGCUCAAAGACGCCAUCGAGGCCGGCGAGGUCGAUGCUGCCGCCGAGCACGCCCUCAGCAGAAACGCCCGCGGCCCGACCACGCCCGCGACAUGGGCAACUGCGCUCCGUGACGCGAUCGCGGCGAGCGCCCCCAUCAAAGCCCCGGCGGCAACCCCAACGGAGCCAUCACCUGCCCGACCCGUGCCGUCAAUGGCGGUGGCGGCGGCGGCGGCGGCGCCCUCCGGGUUCGACGUCACGAAGCACCACCCCGUCUUCGCGGUCACGCUCCUCGACACCAGUUCCGGGGAGGUCCACCCCGCGGCGUCGGGCUACCUCACCACGGCGGUGAAUGGCGAUCCAGACAGCAUGUGCAGGUGAGCGGGGCGGAGCGCAGGCAACAACAACAACAACAACAACAACAACAGCCUCGUAAAGGUUUCUAAUUAUUUAUUUAUUUAUUUAUUUUUGGUUUCUUAUUCUUGAUCUUUUUGCACAUCAAGGAGUUGGGUGACGGCGAGGGUAGUAGGUAAAGGCACGUUCGGGAAGGCGGCAAGGGAAUCGAUCCAAGGCAAUGAUGAUGAUUGACUGAUUGAUUGAAUUCAGAUUUUUUUUUUUGGGAUGUUGGGAUGUUGGGAUGUUGGGAAGGGGAAAGAAGAAGCGAUGAAUGCUAGGGGAGCAGCCACGCCUGCAAUGAAUGCAUGUGCACAUGCGGCAAUCUCCUCGCUGGGAGAUACAAAGUAGAUACCCGUUCCUUUUUAUCAUGUGUUUUGUUACACUCCUUUUCUCCAUGGGUUCACUCACGGGCACACACACACAACACGUUUCAGAUGACACGCGCGCGCGCGCAUAUGUAUACUAGAUUUUUUUUUUUUUAAUUUUCCGGCGGAUUGUCAAUCUACAGGUUUUAGUGUUGA